UUUUUGGAAGGAAACGACUUCGAUCGGCGUCGUGAGAGAGCCCCGCGGGCGCCCCGGAGACCUGGUGGAGGUGAUGGUGGCCAGGAGGCGGCGCUGAGGAGCAGGACGACCGGCUCAGGAACCGUCUGCGGACUCGGCGGGCGGCGGCGGGCGGGGGACCCUCUGCUCGGCCCCCAGCACGAGGGGGAGGGACAACGAGCUUCAGGAGCGAGCGCCAUGGCGGAGCUCGGCGGCAGGCGGCGGCGCUGCAGGGGCGGCCCUUACUUGAUCGCCGCGGCGGCCCUGCUGCUGGCGGGGAGCGUGGCGUCGAUGCCCCCCAGGAACGAAGACUACGACCACGACAGCGGCGGCGACGCCACCUCCGCCUCGACGCAGCGGCUGGCGAAGGUGGGCGAGAACAUCCGCCUCAAGUGCAAGCCCAAGGUCGACUACAAGGUGCACCGCGUCGUGGACUUCACCUGGUUCUUCAACGACCAGGUGUUCGAGCCCGGCGCGGACCCCAGGGUCAAAAUGUCGGAUAACAAGGAGAGGGCGCGGCUGCGCUUGAACGACGUGCGCCACGAGGACGAGGGGCGGUACGCGUGCCGCUGGAACGGCAGCCAGAGCCAGGGCUGGGUCAACUACACGCUCCUUGUCUCGGAGGACAUCCCCAUCUCGACCAUGCCUCAGGCUCUCCACGCGGACAGCAAGGUGUUGGUGCCGGACGCUGAAGACCUCGACAGCCCGAAGCCAAAAUUUAUCAAGGACCUGAAGCCGCUGCUGAUCAAGCCCGCCGGCAACGUGGCAGAGCUGAAGUGCCAGGCCAGUGGGGAGAACCUGAACAUCACGUGGUUGAAGUACGGCGCGAAGCCAACCCGGCAGUAUGGAGACGUGCGCAUCAAGGGAUCAACGUUGAAGAUGGAGGACCUCGUGCCGACGGACUCGGGGCAGUACACGUGCAUCGUUUCCAAUGAACACGGCUCGAUCAACCACACCUACACGCUGGAAGUUAUUGAACACGUCGGUUCUCGGCCAAUCUUCACCAAGAAACUGAAAAACAUGACCGUCAUUAGCGGCAGCACUGUGAGGCUGGAGGUGGGCAUUUACACGAAAAACACGCCCAGUGCUUACAUUGUGUGGCGCACGGGCUUGCCGCAGUUAGAUCCGGACGUGGACUUCGGUUCCCGCGAAAUCUAUAUAAACGAGACCAUUCUCAAGGCUGCCUCAGAGGGCCAGGGAGGAGGGAACAUAACGAGCACCGAAGACCCGCAGGUGGUUGUGCUCACCAACGUCACGGAAAAGGACGCCGGAUGGUACACCUGCAUCGCCGCCAACAGCCUGGGCUACUCCUCGUCCACGGCCUACCUCAACGUGAUCGAUGCGGAGCCCAUCCUUGCAGAUGCGCAGUCGCACGUGGUGCCCAUUCUGGCCGCUGUGUUCGUCGUGGCCCUGGCCGGCGUGGGGCUCAUCCUCUACUGCUUCUGCAAGAAGUGGAAGAAGGAGAAGCGCCGAGCCAAGGAGCUGGAGAGGGCCAAGGAGGUCAUCACCCAGCAGUGGAUCAAGAAGGUCAUCGUCGAGCGCCAGAAUUCGGACGCCUCGCAGGAGCCUCUGAUCGUGCCCACCAUCAAGAUCGAGCGGUGCCAGUCCAACUCGCACAACGGCUCAGAAAACACGAGGAUAUCCGAGUACGAGUUGCCCUUGGACAUCCUCUGGGAAUUGCCGCGCUCGAAGCUGAUCAUGGGCGAGUCCCUCGGCGAGGGCGCCUUCGGGAAGGUCGUGAAGGCGGAGGUGCAAGGCAUCAACCGGCCCGACCUCACCACCACCGUCGCUGUGAAGAUGCUGAAGGAGGGGCACACGGACGCGGAGCUCAUGGACCUUGUCUCGGAGAUGGAGAUGAUGAAAAUGAUCGGCACGCACAUCAACAUCAUCAACCUGCUGGGAUGCUGCACCCAAGACGGCCCUCUGUACGUGGUCGUGGAGUACGCGGCGCAUGGAAACUUGAGGGAUUAUCUGCGUAACAAGCGCCCUUCUUCAGGCUACGAGAGGGCCAUUGGGCAGGAGACGAACGCGCUCACGGAGAGAGACCUGGUCAGCUUCUCUUACCAAGUGGCUCGCGGAAUGGAGUACCUCGCCUCUAAAAAGUGCAUUCACCGUGAUCUUGCCGCACGAAAUGUUCUAGUCAGUAAGGACGGGAUCAUGAAGAUAGCUGAUUUUGGUCUUGCCAGAGAUAUUCACAGCCAGGACUACUAUCGCAAGACGAGCGAAGGCCGCCUGCCAGUCAAGUGGAUGGCACCCGAGGCUCUCUUCCACAGAGUGUACACUUCACAGUCAGAUGUGUGGGCAUUCGGAAUUCUUUUGUGGGAGAUCAUGACCCUGGGUGGAACUCCAUACCCAUCAGUACCCUCAGUCGAGAAGCUUUUCCAGUUGCUCCGAGAAGGUCACAGAAUGGAGAAGCCCUCAAAUUGUUCGCUUGAAAUUUACACGAUCAUGCGUGAGUGCUGGCGGUACCAGCCAACGCAGCGUCCAACCUUCAAGGAGCUCGUGGAAGACUUAGACCGGAUCCUCACGUUAUCGUCGACGGAGGAUUACAUAGACUUCUCGACACCACAACUGGACACCCCUCCAAACAGCUGCGACUCUUCGCACACCUCAGACGUCCUCACUCCUCGCUGAAGCCCCUGACUUGGCAGUUAUUGUAACCGGUUACUCACUGUCCCGAGAGAGGACAUUGGACUAGAUGUUGCAGGGAAGCUUUGCAAUCGCACUAGUGAAAAAAUGCUUAACAGUAGUACCGGAUAAAAUUUCAAUACUGCUAAGCAUAGGCCAGGUGGAGACCACAAGAAAGUAACUUUAUUUUCUAGAAUUCCUCUGCUAGUCUUCGGGCUGCUCUGUAGAAGACAGUGACAAUUCCUUUACAUCAGUUCAGCAAUGUGUGUAGUGAGAAAAAAGUGAAUGGAACUAACGACAGUGCUUUGUGAAUGAAACAUGGUAUUUGCGUAUGUCCAUAGACUAGCACGAAGCAACAAGGACGUGUCAUAUGUUCAGCCAUGGAUCACAAAAGGUAUUACUGCGGAGAUAAGCAGUAAAGAGAACGUGUUGAAUGUGAGCGACCUCAGCCUGUCGUAUCUACAGAGUUGACCUGAAGUUAUGGGGUGCUAUUUAUCCAAGUCAUAUAUAUAUAGUAUAUAUUGUAGCUAUAUGUAAUGUAAUCGAACAAAACAAAAGCCCUAAACGUGUUUAUGUACUUGCGAAUUACAUCAAAGAAAAUGUUUGUUUUUAAUGCAGGGAUAGCAAGUUUGAGUAGUGAAUUUGAAGGAUUUUAUUUUUAUUAAUAUUUAUGAUCCAUAGUAUAAACGUAUGGAGUUAUAUAUAUACACACAAUUAAUUUUUAAACUUUCUGUUGACUGUUAAUUAAGUUCAGUACGCAGGUUACUCUAGUACUGGUAGUUAAAUGUACUAUUGUUUUAAAUAGUAAAAGUGCCAUAUCCACUGCAGAUUUUAAAAUUUUAUGGAAAUGUUUGCAGCCAUGUUAAUUUGCAGUAUGUCGUAAAUCUAGCUACCGUUUUGGAAAAGGACUAGGAAGUGUGUGCCACGAAGAUAGUCUUUUAACACUUAGUUUGGUGGUUUACUCACUUGGAGAGAUGUCAGUGCAUUCUCAGGGGUUGAUCAGGAGCGAUGGAAGAAAGUUGCCGAGAGUGUUCAACGUGGCUUGAGGUUCAUGAGGUUUUGCUUCGAGCAGGUUCAGAUCUCGUGUCCCAGAGGUGGUGGGGGAGGCUUUACUGAAGGGGAAGGCAGACCUGAGGAUGGGCCUAUACUUUUUUAAAGGUUUAGUAAAGAAGUGAAUUCACUUUUUUGAUGGGGUACCUGAGAGCUCAACGUUAUGUGGAGUUGUUUUCAGACUUGCAUUGUAUUUCGACUUCUGCAGAAUGUUUUGCCGGAGAGAAAGAGGGAAUAUGAACGUGAAUCAGUCAGAAUGUUUCUCAAGGAAAUAUGGUCUUGUAUGUCAACUAAUAUGAAGUGAAUCCACCUCAUGCGAUUUAUUAAUCACUAAAUUCCGGGGUCGUGGAAACAAUCUGGAAGUUCAUCAUAGCUCGUCAAGGCUAUAAAUGUGUGUCGAUUCAUGGAACACGAACUUUAAAUGAAACGGAGAGAGCGGGAUGAAAAUAAGAAAAUAUCGUCUUUACUCUGCUAUUAGUCGAAUAAACAAGAAGAAAGGGAGGUGGAGCCUGCGACAGUCAGAGUAUGAUUUCUGCUACGACUGACGAACACACUGGUUAGACAUGGGUUUCAUAGGUGUUAUGAACAAAUCUUAUUUUCUUACGUCUUACGGUGAACUGAGCUUCAGUGAAUGUACAAAUGAGGAGGCUUCUCCUUAGCAUGCUUUGCAGGAUUGCUUGAGCUCUCUCUUGUAUUUAAAAAUUGGGCGAAAAGUCAAAUUGUAAAUAUCUGAAAUGCAGUCUAAAUCGGUAAAAGAAAAAUCCUGGAAUGGUGCUAUUAGUAUUUAGUUUCACUGGAUGACAAAAAAAAUACCGGAAAAGUAUAAAAUUGAAUUGAUGGGCCAAAAAAAGGAAAAUUAUAUUUCGGAGGGCAGAUGAUUACUUAAUGGAGAAUUUCCAUAUUUGAUUAUUACUUUGGUUAUCUGAAGCCUAAUACUGCAUUUUUUCGUCUUUUCUUCCUGGAGAAAAUAUAUUGAUUGGUAAAUUCAAACAAAACUUUAAUUUGUUGGCAUGGAAAGAAAAACGUGUAAAAGUUAUUAGUGUAAAUAGAUAAUGUAUUAUAGUAUCGAGAGUUAUAUCUGAAAUAUUUAGUUAUUACUAUUAUUUUUCUGCAGAAGUGAACUGUACCUUAUUAUUCUAGUUAUUUUUGCAAGUUAUAUGUAAAAAAGAAAAAUCAAACAUAGCCAGGAAAUACACAUCAAUUUAAAGUCAAUAUGAGGUGCUAAAAGUCUUCAUAUAGUUAUCCCUUCAGUAGUACCAAAUAAUCCUAAUUAAAGCCAUUGGCACGCAAGUCAUACCUUUUAAUUUUAUUGUUAUUAUUUCCUCAGUCUUUUUGUAUUUUUGUGUACAUAUUUUCCCACUUAUUUUUUUUAUCAUACCAAUUUAAGGACUGAUGUCCAUGCUCCAGCUCCCAUAGGUUCUCAUAUACUAGUCACCCACUGUUCCUCUGUCCUGCACACAGAGCACUGCCAGAUGGUACUCGCAUUUUCGAAUGAAAUCGGCGUUAUCCUUGAGAAAUUUUAAACCUAAAAAAGUACAAAGACGCAUCGAAUUGUCUUCUUUCUGGAACUGUGGAUAUUUAGUAACGGAUAACCGCCCAAGCAGAAGGAAAAGUCAGUAAGCAUUGCAGGUAUUAUGUUUCUGUGUGCAGCACAGUGCUUCAUGUGCCAAGUGUUGAGUGAUGCCAAAGGCUUACAUUUAUAUGUUCGUGUCAGUAUUGAAAAAUGUCUUUCUAGAUAGCCAUUUUACUGACUUCUGAUACUAACACUCAAAACCACAUGUACACUUCUUUAUGUAAAAAGAUAUAUUUCUUUCUUCUGUAGAAAUAUGCGAGAUAUAAUUUAUGCAUCAUAUUUGAUGAUUCAGCUGAAUUAGUCAUUAACUUAAUAAUGAUAAUUAUAAUUAUUACCUGUAAGUCUGCAAAAAGUGAAUAACGAUAAUUUUCAAAUCAAAAUCAGUUACACUCUCUGUUGUCAGGAUCAAACAGAGAUGGAAGGCCUAUAUUGCGUUUUCAUAUUACAAAGAUAGAUGGAGAAUUAAUGUUUUAUUUAUUACAGGGAUAGGUUAGCCAUUGUCCUCCAGCAAAUGAGUUGCACAGGUUUUAUUUCAUGGAUUACUUGUAGGUGUACUGUAGCUGCUUGUCCCCCAUGUGUAGAUAUUUUGAACAAGAGAAGGUGGCUUUAGUUUUAUAACAAACUGUACAUGUACACACAUGUAAUUCUUACAUGGAAUAAAUUUUUUGUUGUCA